GUCCAUUCUUUCUUUGCUUUUGAAUGUGUGUAAUUGUGCGGGCUUUCGUUUGAGUGCAUUUCUAAGCGGAAAAGUAAAAUCUGCAUUUUAUUUGCAAUAAAAAUAGUAAGCCGGAGCAAACAACAAAACCGAGUAAAACGGAAAAAUACAAGAGAAAAGAGAACCUUCUGUACACUUACAAAUUAAUCACCAACAGGUUAUUUUAACUUUUAUUUUCCAUUUGACGCAAAGAUGUCAACCAAGGCCACAUCUCAGCAAGUGCGGCGCACACCGCUCUCCUUAAGUGGCGGCGUUAGCAAACAGCAUCAUCAGAAUCAACAUGGCAAAUCCUCUGACUCCAAUGGUAAUUCAAAUAAUAGCGCAGCGGCUAAAAAUCAAAAAAAUAAUACAAAUCAAAAGACUGAGUCCAAUAAUACCGAUGUAAGGGAAAGGAAACAAGCUCAACAGCAAAAUGCUAAUAAUGAAACUGCUGCAAAUAAAAAUGAAAAGGUUGAAGAGAAGAAGACUCAAAAUGGGAAUGGCAAGGCGGUGGCUACUAAUGGCGGAGCUAAAGAGAAACAUCAAAAUGGUAACGAUAAACAAGAUGCAACCAAUGGUUCCAAUGCCAAGUCGGCUAAUACAAAUUCAAACGGUAAUACUGUUAAUGCAAAAACCAAUGCUACAAAGACGAAUGAAAAGACAGCACCGGUGGCAGCUGUUAAGGGAGAAGAAGCGGCUAAAAGCAAGGACCGAAAGACACCACAGCCUUUUGAAAAAACCGAAAAAGAAGUUGUAAAUGAGAAGGAAAAGGAGAAAAAGAAAGAAAAUGUACAAGAUAAAGAAAAGAAGGAAGAAGCUGCUCAAGAGAAAGUUGUCGAAAAGGAAACCAGAUCGCGUCGUCACGAAGCUUCGACACCGACAGAAAUUGAGAAGAAGCAAACUGAAAAGGCUGAGCCUGUCAAAGCCGAGGAUACGAAGAGGGAGGUAUCGACGCCCACAUCACGUUCAAGUGCAGCUCAGGCCAAGACCAGGUCUACACCUACAAGAGUUGCAGAUAAAUCCGGCAGCAGUACGCCAACAAAACCGUUGGAGAACAAGUUAAGCGUUUCAAAACGCAACAAAACCGUCACUACAGUUGUCGAUGAUGUCGAUAUGGAACCACUUGUAGUAAAUUCAUCGCCAGCAAAAGCAGUGAAGGAAAAUUUAGCAGCAGAACCUGUCGCCGUGGCUACACAACUUGCUAUGCAGCCACCCGCUGCCACUUCGACACCUGGCAAAGCUCUACAAGCAACGCAAAAGUCUAAACAACCAACAAUUGAUGCUAAACCAGAUAUCCCCAUAAAUAUACCGAGCAGUGGCCCAACUCCAGAUCGCAACAGUGCGCCACGCACUUUUACACAAAUCGGUGGACGUCGCAGUAUACGCCCGCUAAGCGAGUACACACCAUCCAAAUUCCAAAGUAAUUCACAAUUUCGGGAAUCUUAUCGUCGUAUCAACACUGAAUUGGAUGUCAGCUCAACAACAAAUUCAAGCAUGAAUGUCACUGUUGGGUCUGAGGUACCGAAUAACUCUUCAUUCUCAUUUUUCGGUCGCGGGCGUAAACGCGAUCGCACACCACCACAACAAUCCCAAUCAGCCAUGGAGGUGCAAACUGAUGCUGAUUAUUCACCACCGAAACGCGCACGUUUGGACAUGUACUCGCUAUUCAGUGUGGUCUCAUCGCCUUUAACGAUGUUGCGUUCACGUUUCUCUAAAGCUUCCAUACAAAGCAGCACACCGGUGAGGUUGACCUCUAAGCUAGCUGCCGAAAAUGAUGAAGCUGAAGUGCAAAAUGUUUCAGGCAUUUCAAUUGAAGAGGAAAAGAAUGAAGCAGGUGACAGUGAAGAUAAGACUGCAACCGAGGAUGUCACGGUGGGCAAGAAAACUGAUGAUGAAGAUGAUACCACACCCAAGAUGGAAUCGCCGAUGAAAGUGGACAAAAAGUGUGACAUGGAAAAGGGUGAUGAAAUUGAUGAUGAGCUGAUGAAGGACCAAACAAAUUCUUCAGAUGUACAUGAUGUUGCAGCAGGCGUCGCUGAUACUUCGGUUGCAUCGGCUAAACUUAAAAAUAAGUGUAAUAUCAUGUAAGACCGUCAUGUGGAAAGAUAUUAAGCGCAUUGUUUAUAAUAAUUACUUUAAUUUUCUUUAAAUGUUUGAAAUGUUCUAUGUAUGUCAUUAGUUUCACCUUCAUACAACAAACAUACAAUAUUUACUCGUACGUAUAAUUAUCAUUAUUACUUUAAAAAAAUAUAAAUAUAUUUGAUUUGUUUAAGUGCAGAUGUCCUUAGCCUGAUAAAAGUGUAAUGCAGCCCAAAAAUAGAUAUCCAUUAAGUUCACCUUAAUUCAAAGUACGGCAUUUUUUUCUUCAAUAGUAAAACAGUGACUUAUUUUCAUCAAAAUUGUUAUUGUUAAAAUAUAAGGCAGUGUUGAUGCUUUACAUGACUGUUCGAUUGUAUAAAAUUAGUGUGUAUCAAUUGUCUUAUAUUCGUACAACAACAAAAUUUAUGUUUUUCCAAUUGUCUUGUAUUCGUCGUAGAACAAAAUUAGAAAUUAUUAUGUAAAUUCCAAAUAUUAUUUUUUUAUGUUUUUCCCCAAAUUAUUUUAUUCGCAGGAAAGCAUAAAAGAACAAAUAUUUAAAGAAAGACAUUUUUUUGAUUAAUUUUUCUUUAUAUAAAUUAGAGUAAUUAAGUUUUAGAUGAUAUAAAAAAAUAUAAAUCUGUUUUUAAUUAAACAUACUGAAUUAAAUACAUUACAUACAUGUUUACUAUAUAUGUAUGUAUAUGAAUGUACGUAUUUAUAGCACGUUACAAACUUUUAAUGUUUGUAUCGUCAUAAGUUUUGUGUAUUAUCAUAUUUUUGAUUGCAAAUAGCAAAACUUAAUUAUUUACUUUGUCAAUCAAUCUUAUAAUUUCUAUAUAUAUAAAGUAGUUGUACGCAGCUUACGCAUUACAAUAAUUACAAUAAAUAUGCAUAUAUUAUAUACACACAUAA